AUGGAUAUUUUUGAAUUUUAUGCUGUCGUUUUUGUGAUCGUUGUGUUGUAUACAUCUUUUCAUAAAUUGAAGCGGAUUUUACAUAAAAGUUUACGAAGGAGUCAUAGUAUUAGUGCUGAGUGCGAACCACAACGUUCUAAUCAUGAAGACCUUCUAGCAUUGAUGAAUCGAAGCAGUACCAAAGUGUCUAUCUUUUACGGAUCGCAGACAGGGACUGCUAAAAAAUUCGCGAUUAAUCUUGGUCAUCAUCUUCACAACUGUGGCGUACGUAACUUGGUGAUGGAUUUGAGACAAACAAACAUGGAAAUAUUAGUAAAUUUGUCUAUGCUGGACAAUUGCGUAGCAUUAUUCGUUGUUGCAACUUAUGGUGAAGGUGAACCAACAGAUAGUGCUCGACAAUUUAUGGAUAAUCUAAAGAAUUCUUACCAGAAGUUGGAUAACCUACGUUUUGCGGUUUUCGGGUUGGGCAACAGUAUGUAUACGUAUUUCAAUGCUGUCGGAAAGUCAAUUGACCGUUUGCUUAUUCAACAUGGAGGUAAACGUUUACAAACAUUGACUUUGGGAGAUGAAGUGAAUGAAUUAGAAUCUACGUUUUUGAAUUGGAGGAGUCACUUAACUUCGUUAUUGAUCGAAUUUUUUUAUCUAAAUGACCAUGAUAGAAAUUACUUAAAUAAGCAAUAUAAACGAAUGUACUCUUUAAAACGUUUUAACUGGAAUGUCCCACUUGUUUCACACUUUGUGAAUAUGUUUAUAAAUAAGGCUCACGUUAAGGAAACGUUACCAUAUGAAAACGACAAUUAUUUCUAUGCUUCUGUCGCUGUUAAUCAAGAAUUGUAUCAUAAAAGUUCACGUUCUUGUCGCCAUAUUGAAUUGGAUGUGUCUGCUUCUCAACUUAGAUAUAAAACUGGUGAUCAUAUUGCAAUAUUUGCAUCAAAUCCUUUAGAUCUUGUCGAAAAAAUUGGGGAUCUCCUAAACAUUGAUUUGAAUGAAAUGAUUAGUUUAGAUGCUGUUGAUCCUUAUAAUUUAACAAAGCAUCCUUUCCCCUGCCCAUGUACCUAUCGUCAUGCAUUUAUGCACUUUGUUGAUAUUACUGGACCUCCUGGAAAGAGUUUAUUAUCCGCAUGUUUAGAUUCAAUCACGAAUUCUAAAGAAUCACAGUUUGUUCAGCUUCUUAUUUCUGAUAGUGAAGAUGGAAAAAAAUUAUACUCCAAGUGGAUUUUAGAAGAUCAUCGUGGACUAGUCGAUGUGUUACAAGACUUGAAAUCAUUUCGACCACCAGCUGAUCUUUUGUUGGAGUUGUUGAACCCUCUAAAACCAAGAUUGUACAGUAUAUCAUCGUCUUCAUUAGUUCAUACAAAUCGAAUACAUAUAACUGCUGUUAUAGUAAAAUACGAAACAAACUCAGGACGAAUAUUCAAAGGACUAGCUUCUAACUGGCUGAAAUCGUUGCAGCCAACAAACAAUCAGCGACACUUGAAAAUACCUGUCGCGAUUCAUACCAGUAAUUUUAACUUGCCGCGGAGUCGUACAAUCCCAGUCAUUAUGGUAGCUUCUGGCACAGGACUGGCUCCGUUCCGUGCAUUUAUCCAAGAGCGCUUAAAGAUGGCUCACGAUAAAGUUGGCAAGACUGGACAGAUGGUGUUAUUUUUCGGUUGCCGGCAUGAAAAUGAAGAUUUUAUUUAUUCAGACGAAUUAAAACAAGCCUGCUCUACUGGCCUACUUGAAAUGUUUACCGCUUUCUCACGUGACUGUCUUGAUGGUAAUAAAGUUUAUGUUCAGCAUAAGGUGCUUGAGAUGGGUAACAUGGUGUGGAAACUUUUAGAUGAAUGUUAUGCGUACAUUUAUGUAUGUGGGGAUACCGCUGGUAUGGUGCGUGACGUCCAUUUGUGUUUAAUCGAAUUAUUAGUACAACGGUCCAACUUAACAAGAGAAGCAGCAACCAGUUAUGUACUGAACCUACGAAAGCAAGGACGAUAUCGUACCGAUGUAUGGAAGUAA